ACCUAGAUACAGGCCAGGCAUUGCUGGGGCAGGUUUCUUAUGUACCAGGAUCAUGGAGAGGGUGCAAUUAGCCAUGAAGCUGAGUCAAAAGAAACAAAGAAACAAGCACACUGGGAGAGUAGGAAGCCAAAGCAGGAAGACAGCAGUGUGCUCACGCCGCCGAGGCUCCCGGAGCCGGGUAUAAAUGCUGCUCGGGGAGGAGGCUGCACACAUCACCCCCUCCUCCCAGCCACAGCCACCUCAGCCACCAUGUGCCUCACCAGCUGCUCCUCGGGCUGCCAGCCGGCCAGCUGCGUGCCUGUGAGCUGCAAGCCUGUGCUGUGCGUGGUGCCCUCCUGCCAGACCUCGGGGAGCUGCCAGCCCUCCUGCCAGUCCUCCGUGUGUGUCCCCGUGAGCUGCAGGCCUGUCCUGUGCGUGGUGCCCUCCUGCCAGUCCUCGGGGAGCUGCCAGCCCCCCUGCCAGUCUUCCCUGUGUGUCCCCGUGAGCUGCGGGCCCUCGGUGAGCCUGGCCCCCUCCUGCCAGUCCUCGGGGUGCCCCACGCUCCUCUGCAACCCCGUCUCGUGCGGCACCUCCUCCUGCUGCACCUCCUCGUGCUGAUGACCUCCGUCGCCGGGCCAGGUGGCCGGGACAGCUACACAGACUUGCGCGGCCCACGUUCAGCAUUGCGGCCGCCGGGAGGCCCGCUGAGCUGAGACGCUGCUCUAGGAUCCAGCUCUCGGGUCCAGAGCGUCUCCUCCCUGUCCAU